AUACACAUCAAUAAGUCAAGUAAUCCUCAACAUGCAGUUAUUCGUGAUGUUGCUGACAUUCUAAUAUCGUAUGCAACAACACCGGGUUAUGUGUCGUGGCGUAACUCGAUGAAAGGCAGUUGGUUCAUACAGAGUAUUUGUGAAGUGUUCUCGAAGCGAGCCAAAGACACCGAUAUCUUAGCAAUGCUCACUAUGGUCAACAAAAGAGUCGCGGAAGCAUUCGAGAGUACGUCAGGGGCAUACAAGCAGAUACCUGAUCAUUCGUCGAGAUUGCGUCGGAAUUUCUAUUUCUUUCCUGGAAUCAAUCAAAAAACACAUUAA